CCGGCCCGGCCGGGUGCCCCGGGAGGGGCGGGAGGAACGAGACUGGAAGUCCCGGGGCAGGAAGGGACGCGCGGGGCAAUCUCGGAGGGCGCAGCCCCCAAAACAAAGGGAGGAAUCGGGGCAGGCGGGGCUGGCACCGAACCCGCCUGGCUGUGGGGCCAGGAGCCGGGCUUUGCAAGGGGGUGCGAGAGAUUACAGGUGCCGGGGCGGUGGGAGAGAGCGAGGGGAAGGGAGCCAGGAGGGGCCAAGCCCUCCUCGGAUGCCCCCAAACCCCCUCGACGAAGCGGGCGCAUCCAGACAGAGAGACCCAGCUGCCGGGGGCAGAGCGCUGGCGGCCUCCGCUUCGGGCAGCGAUUGCUUUUAAAUCGUUCCCCUUUUAUUUUUCCGUGCGGGAGGCGGCGAGGCAGCCUUCGCGUCUCGCACGGGGAGGGGGAGACCAGGGGGCCGCGCUGUGCCCCCUUCGGAGGCCAAAAGGAUCCGUCUCCUCCGCGUUUGCUGGGAUGUGUAGAGAUGUCGGGGGCCAGCUGGGCUUGGGAGCCGGGGGCAAGAAGGAAAAGUCCAGGCUGGUUGUGUCAGGAGCGGGGUCCGAUGCCCCCGACCGGCCUCGGGAUAAAAGGAGCUGAUGAGAAAUGCAAGCAGGGCCGGGGCCGGGCCAGGCCUCUUGCUUCUCCACGCAGGGAGCUCGGGGGCUGCCGUCAGCAGUCGCAAGUAACUGUUCAGUCCCCACCUAAUUUUACACAGCAUGUGAGGGAGCAAAGCCUGGUGACGGACCAGCUCAGCCGGCGGCUCGUCCGCACCUACCAGCUGUACAGCCGGACCAGCGGGAAGCACGUCCAGAUCCUAGACAACAAGAAAAUCAACGCCAUGGCGGAGGACGGGGACGCCCACGCCAAGCUCAUCGUGGAGACGGACACGUUCGGGAGCCGCGUGCGCAUCAAGGGGGCCGAGACGGGCUUCUACAUCUGCAUGAACAAGAAGGGCAAGCUCAUCGGCAAGAGCAAUGGCAAAGGCAAGGACUGUGUCUUCACGGAGAUCGUCCUGGAGAACAACUACACGGCGCUGCAGAACGCCAAGUACGAGGGCUGGUACAUGGCCUUCACCCGCAAGGGCCGCCCGCGCCGCGGCUCCAAGACCCGGCAGCACCAGCGCGAGGUGCAUUUCAUGAAGCGCCUGCCCAAGGGCCACCACACCACGGAGCCCCAUCGCCGCUUCGAAUUCCUCAACUACCCCUUCAACCGGAGAAGUAAAAGGACUAGGAACUCCAGCCGCCGGGCAGGGCCUUGACCGGCCCGGCCGUGCCUUCCUCUCCUUGCCGUGGAGACGGGCGGACGCAGAGUAGAGAGACUUUCCCGUACGGUGAUCCCAAAAAAAAUGAGAGGAAAAAAAAGGAGGGGAAAAACAAACAAUAAAAGCCGGGAUCUCGUUGUUUAUAACUUUUUUUCUUGCUUUGAUUUUGGUUCUUUUGUGGUCGGAGAAAAGACCCAGACAGACGGACAGAAGCUCUAUUUUUGUAUUGCCGGCGCUGGAGAGGACCGACUCGAGAGACUCGCGGAGGGGGCACCGCGCGCCGACGUAGCCGCCUCCUAGUCCCCUCGCGGCGGUGUCGUCUCCGUUAUUUUUGUAGUGCUAGGGGGAAACGGGGGAAAUC